UGAGCGUUUGUCCUCCGAGUCCAUACAUAAGUUGCCUGCUCACUGCUAUCCACAACGACGACGACGGACUACUGACAACUUCAUAUCGCAGAGAAGCCGUGAAAACGCUAAUUAACCAGCCGCACGGCUUCUGUGCUCAAUUUACAUUCAUACAACACGCCCAUCACGCCGUGAAAACGUGUUCUGCCUAUACCUCGCUAUUCGCGUGCUCGUUCUCGACUGCCACCCUGGAAUAGUACAUGUCAUUCUCGGGUACUCCGCUUGGUCAAGGCAGGCGUCUAGAUCACCGCACUUUCCUCAAUAAACCAAACCUUGUCACAACCCAUCAGCACACUUUCAACCCUAGACCAACCGCGCUUCAUCCUACGAACAGUUCCAUUCCCGCUUCAUACGCAUACGGUGCCCCAACCGCAGGUUCCCGAUCACCACCGAAAUUAACCUCCACGUCUUCACGUUCCGCACCCACACUGGACUCCACAGACAACCAGGACGAAACAGCCCUCGUCCGUUACGCUCGCUUAAAACGUGACCAAUCCCACAAUUCUUCCCUCAACCCGGAGAAGUGGGCUGUCAAAGACACCUCCGUAAACAUCGCAACCGCAUUCAACCAAGCUGCCUCGACGUCAUACGAGAUGCAUCCAAGCAACCCGAAUAACUCUUGGGCGUCCGGCUCGCAGACCAACUUGAAUGUGCCCCGUAGUACUUCGGUCGAAUAUGAGAAAGAAACCCAUUCCACCAGCAACCGACGGCUGGCAGCACCCCCCAGCCGCCUCACCCAACGUACAAACAGGAAACCGUUGUCUAAACAGACCUCGGGGUUAACACAUGUGUCGGACUCCGAAGGCGAGGAUCAACCCCAGUUGCAAUCCCUUUCCGUCGAACAUAGCGUGCGCGCUAAGAGUCCGUUAGAAUCUGUGCUGGAUAUUUCGAGACGCGCAUUGGAUUCUGCUACGUCGUUUUACAUGCGACAACGCUCCACAGAACCCGCAGAUAAUUCUGCAGCGACUACCAAUGGGAGGGAGUCGAGUUAUGACUACGCCCCGGAGGAGCGCGAGUAUCAGGAACUCCAGCGACAAAUAGCUGAACACACACAGGAACAGAGCCAAGAGCAGGAACAGCAACCCGCUGCCAAAAAGAAUACCCACAGGCGAAAUAGAAUGUCCCUGGACAACAAAGCCUACCGUCCGUCGCAGUCUGACUUGGAAGAGUCAGACGAUAAUGUCUCAGAUGAUGGGAGGAAACGGAAAAAGAAGGCUAAGAAGAAGGAUAUGGGGCCAGGCGUUCUGACUUCGUUACCAGUAGCCGGCUACGAUAAACGAAGGAGGAGAAGGAAAGGUACCAAGCUUUCGGCGACAGGCGAAGUGGUGGACGACCAAGGUAGUAGUAGCGGGAGUGAGGAGCGUUCUUCUGCGCAACAAACUGUCGCUCGUCAGAAUUCUGUCUUACGAACUUCCGUACCACCACCGUCGCGAAACUCUGUCCCUCGGGGUUCAGCUCCCACAGAAACCCAAGGUUACCUCCCCACAGAUAUUUCUAUGGAUGUGGAGUCUGGACUAGAGACAUCUGGCCUGGAAACCAUCCAUGAGACUGAUGAACCACCAUUGGUUGACGGUAUUGUCAAUACGUCUGACCGUUCUUCACGCUCGUUCUCCCUUGGAGGUUUCCUAGGAUGGCUCGUCAACCGAGUCUAUAGGUUCUUCUACGGGAUAUUAACUCACAUCCUUCGCACCAUCACGCUCACCUUCCUGGUAUUCGGUCGCGUACUGGGAUCGGUUGUCGACGUCCUUGUCCAGAAACCCAUUGCUUUGUUAUCAAAUACUAGCCCUCGACCAUUCAUAUUGCUUGGCAAAUUUGCGAUCGUUGCAUUGGCUAUCUACGUCUCAUGGUUCAAACUCUACGAUCCUCUAAUCGAAAUGCUUCCUUCUCGCGUAAUACACCGACAAUACUAUGCUCCCGAUACCCCCGUGACGAACUUUGACGAGCUUACCGCACGAUUACAAAACAUCGAAUCCGCUCUUUCUGGACUUUCUCUCGAUCAUCAACGCGCACGUGCACAGCAGGACCUUGAAGCCCGCGCGCAUGGCGAAGUCGUCAACAGGAUAUAUGCUCUCGAGGCUCGCCUUCGGGAAGAGACCAGGCGCGCUGCGGAUGCCGAGUCACAGCACCAGACUUCCGCUAGCCAGGGACUCAUCGAAAUGAAGAGGCAGUUAGAAGCAUUACAAGGGCAAAUAAGGGUGAUCGAGUCGGCUCCUCGGGAGACCGUUACCCAUAUUCCUUCCCCGGGCCAUGAUGUUGAGGCUCUGGAGAAACUGAAGUUAUUCGAAGAACGCUUAGGUUCUGUCGAAGGUGGGAUCAAGGAAGCGAUCGAGUUAUCCCAAAAAUCGAAGGUACCCUCGCGAUCAUCGGACAGUCCCGCUUGGUGGUCGAAGUUAACGCCUGGCACUGCAACUGAUACCGAUCUUACCAUCAAAGCAAGCGAUGGUUCUGAUGUAACGUCGUUGAUAUCCCAACUUGUUAAUUCUGCUGUCACCCGAGUGUCCACUCAAGAUAUCGUUUCACGUGCCGACUUCGCGUUGCAUUCUGCUGGAGCACGACCAAUACCACAUCUUACGUCGCACACGCUUGAAUUACGCCCAUCGACAUUCCGCGGUCCAGUUGGUCGAUCACCGAUUACGGCUCUUCAUCAGGAUACCCAUAGUGGACUGUGUUGGCCGAUGCGUGGUGACUUCGGUCAGCUGGGUGUGGCGCUUGCAUCUCCUGCUUACAUUUCCGACUUUACCAUUGAUCACGUGGCGAAGGAAGUCGCUUUCGAUUUGCGAGGUGCCCCUAGGGACUUGGAGGUGUGGGGUCAGGUGGAGGGGAAGGAGAAUCUCGAGAAAGUGAUGUCAUGGUUAGCAGAGCGCGCCGCACAGCGGGCUGAGCGGCAACAACGCGCCGAAGAAUCAGGUGUACCUUUCGAAGAAGAUGAGCCCCAAGAAGACGCAUACCCAGCGACGCUGCCCAAGGACAAGGCAUUCGUUCGACUUGCUUCUUUUACGUACGACGUUCACUCGCCGUCGAGCAUACAAACCUUCCCUAUACGCCCGGAAGUGCGCCAGCUUGGAGUCGACUUUGGCGUCGUGGUCCUCGUGAUCAAGAAUAACUGGGGAAAGAAAGAGUAUACAUGCUUAUACCGCUUCCGUGUGCAUGGUGAACAGUUCGGUGGGAUGCCCCAACCUGUUGCAUCGCAGGCUCAAGAAGACUCGUGAUGAGUAGUAGGUGGUGACCAAGUAAUGAAGAGUCGCUCAGAUGUAUAUGUUGUGAUUCCCUAUUGCUUCUUUUGUUAUCCAUCAUAUAUCUAUGCAAUAGUUGUCGUUGAUGCAUGGGCUUUCGAAUUGUAGAUCACUUCUGUUACUGCGCUGCCA